CUUGACUACGGCUCCUUAUGCAGGUGGCUUAGCUUUGGGCGCUACAGCCUACUGCACCUUGCCUCUGUCUCUGAUUAUAUUCUGUGAUCGUUGGCUGACUGCUCGAGCUGCGGGAAGCUUUGGGCCCUCGUCGCGAUCCGGAUCCAGAGCCGUUCUUGUGCACAAUUUUUUUUCCCCGUCUGUCGCCUUCAUCUUUAUAGCUGCGAACCCCCACCCCGUCCGUCGCCGACUUUCUCAGCAUCGGUUCUACUUCCUCCCACACCCCCCCAAAACUAUGGUCAUUUGGGCAAGGAAACGCAGACCAAAAUGGACGGAGACUGGGACGAGGUCGCUCGCAUCCCCUUUCCGCCUCCGGGCGUCCACGCCAUGGCGACUCCCGUGACGACCAUGACGUUUGACACCGCUCAAGAGCUGUUGUGGACCGGAAACGACUACGGCCGCGUGACGUCCUUCUACGGCAGCGAGCUGCAGCGAUACACCUCCUUCAAAGCACACACGACACCCGACGGCCCCGUGAGGCAGAUCCUUGUCAACGACAAAGGCGUUGUGGUGCUGGGAUCGAGGGACAUACACAUGGCCUCGCGGAAGGGGCCCCCGAUAUGGCAUAUUAGACACGAUGACAUGAAAGACUUACGAUGCAUGAGCUUUACGUCCAAGGGGACAUCCGAGAUCCUCGCUGCCGGACUCCAAGACACUAUGUUUGUGAUCGACCUAGCUAAGGGCGAGGUGGUCAAGCAGGUUCCGACCGCGCACUCGUAUAAAGUGAUGAAGAGAAGCAGAUACAUCUGCGCCGCCACCAAAGACGGCACGGUCGACCUGAUCGACCCCGUCAACUUUUCCGUCGUCAAGAGCUGGAAUGCCCACUCAGCCUUGAUCAGCGACAUGGACGCCCAACAUGACUUCAUCGUCACCUGCGGUUAUUCGCUGCGCCAGGGUCAGAACUACAUGCUGGAUCCAUUCUUGAACGUCUUCGACAUCAAGAAGAUGUCUUCAAUGUCGCCAAUACCGUUUCCUGCUGGCGCCGCCUUUGUCAGGAUGCAUCCGAGAAUGUCGACGACUAGCAUUGUCAUGUCCCAGAGCGGGCAGAUGCAUGUCGUUGACCUGAUGAACCCAAACACUAGCAAUGUGCGGCAAGCCAACACCAUGACAUACCUGACCAUGUUCGAAAUCGCGCCGUCCGGGGAGGCCGUUGCUCUGGCAGACGCAGAGUUCAACAUCCACAUCUGGGGAUCUCCUUCAAAGCUCCGCUUCGUCGACUUCGCGUCGCAGACAGAGUUCGCGACUCCCGAAGAACCCCUGCCCACCGUAGAGUGGACUGCUGAUACGCCCCUGAACUCCAUCGGUAUGCCGUAUUACCGAGAGGCCUUGCUGUCCGCCUGGCCGGACCUUAUCUCCGACGUUGGAGCGCCCCCUACUAAACUUCAACCUCAAUUCCUUGCUGGUCUCAAGCAGUCCGAGCUGGGUUUGUUUGGACGCAAUACUCGGGGGCUUCGAAGGAACCAAGUUGAGGACACCCGGAACCUGGAUAAGGGAAACGCCUCGGGAAUACUAGCGCCCAAAUUUCUCAGCGAGAAAGCAAGAGAGUUUGCCAAAACCCCUGUUGGCAACGCGAACGAUGACGAAAGGGUUGAUCAUGUUGCCAACUCCCUCAUUCAAAUGGAUAUCGACCCCACAAAGGCAGAGUGCCCUCCCAUGUACAGGAAUGUUGAGAUCAAGUACAGCAAGUUUGGCGUCGAUGACUUUGAUUUUGGGUUCUACAACAGAACACAGUACUCUGGACUUGAGAUCCACAUCGCCAACUCUUACGCAAACUCCCUCCUCCAGGUCAUGCAUUUUACGCCGCUGAUUCGAAACAUGGCGCUCCAGCAUGCAGCUACUGCGUGUGUUGCCGACACUUGCUUGUUGUGCGAGUUGGGUUUCUUGUUCGAUAUGCUCCAGAAAGCAGAGGGAUCCAUCUGCCAAGCAACCAAUAUGUUAAAGACACUCAGCCACCAUCCUCAAGCUGGCCCCCUUGGCCUUCUCGAGGAAGAUCCUAAUGGUUCCACCUUGACGGUCAUGUUGCAGGGCUUGACGCGAUUCCUUCUGGACAAGAUAGUACAUGACUAUCGAUCUAUCCCGCCGGGCUCGAAUACGAUGGAGCAGAUGCUAGCAACGUCGGCGACAAGCUCAAUUCGGUGCAUGAACUGCAGGAGCGAGUACACUCGUCCUGGAUCGACCUUUGUGAACGAUCUGAUGUAUCCUCCAUCAACAGGGAAGAACACGGGCCGCAGUCAGAAAGCACCGAAGGUGACCUUUUCUCAAAUCCUCAAGUCCAGCGUCGAAAGGGAGACAACGUCCAAAGGCUGGUGCAGUCGAUGUCAGCGGUAUCAGACCAUCGCAACCCGGAAAACGAUCCAUAACAUUCCCGCAGUGUUCAUGCUGAACACUGCUAUUGGAAACGCGGAGCAAAGACGCUACUGGUCAACGCCGGGCUUCCUCCCUGACGAAAUUGGCGUCAUAGUAGACCACGGUCAGUUCUUUUGUUACGAGGGGGAAGACCUGAAGCUCCACCUCCAACGUGGUAUCCAUAAUAUCACGGUGUACUCGCUCGUCGGAAUGGCCAUGAACAUCGAUCCAGGCCCGGGUCAGAAGCCACAUCUGGUCGCCAUGGUCAACGUUGCCCAUGCCCAGCCUGCAGCCCCGCAGACAAGCCAGUGGCAUCUCUUCAAUGACUUCCUCGUUCGGUCGGUAAGCACUGAAGAAGCGCUUUCGUUCCAUCCGGGAUGGAAAAUGCCGUCGGUCAUCGCGUUCCAGGUCAAGGAGGCGAACAACAAGAUCGACAUGGAUUGGAAGAAGAACAUCGAUACUUCGCUUCUUUACGAGGAUACCAACCCCCACAUUGAUGGAAAAACAUAUCGCGCGCUUGAGUCGUCCGGUGAACAGCCCGGGCCGGAUAGCAUUGUGGCUCUGGAUACUGAAUUUGUCGCUGUUCGCCAGCCCGAAAUCGAGAUGAACUCCGAUGGUGAGAGAGAGACGAUUCGGCCGAUAGUGUACGCUCUCGCUAGAGCUUCGGUUGUCCGCGGCCAAGGAGAGGACGAGGGCCUCCCCUUUAUUGACGAUUACAUCUCCAUCAGGGAGCCCAUCGUCGAUUACCUGACAUCGUACUCGGGUAUCACCCACGAUGAUCUGGAUCCCCGCGUAUCGAAGCACAACCUCGUCCCUCUCAAAGUUGCUUACAAGAAACUUUGGAUUUUGCUGAACCUCGGCUGCAAGUUCCUCGGUCACGGUCUCAAACAGGAUUUCCGGGUCAUCAAUAUUCACAUCCCACGGUCUCAGGUUAUCGACACGAUUGAUCUCUUCUUCUUGAAAUCGCGUCUGCGGAAGCUCUCGCUGGCGUUCCUAGCGUGGUAUUUGUUGAAGGAGGAUAUCCAGCUAGAGACACACGACUCGAUCGAGGAUGCUCGGACGGCCCUGAAGUUGUAUCGAAAGUAUUUGGAGUUCGAAGAUGCGGGUGUGCUGGAGCCGAUGCUUCAAGAUAUCUACCGAGCCGGGCGUGACGUCAACUUCCGGCCACCUGCUAGAAGCGGGCAGGCCGCGGACGUCCAACGGACGGAUACGCCGCCUCCACUGCCCACUGACGGAGCAACUGUGGCUCCAUCGACGCCGGGUGCCCCUGGCAUUGGGUCAUCGUCAAGUGGCGGGUUCGGUGCAGGGUCUACUUGGACGCCCGGAAAGGGAUCGCCGCUUCGAUGAGGGUGGAGGUACGUCGCAUUCGGAAGAGUGAAAGGCUCGAUAGAUUGUCGUUCUAGCUCCAGAGAGGCAGGCGCUGGUAUCAAUAGAAAGCUUCUCGGGUAUGCCAUCACCGGUCUUCAUCGCAUUGGUCAUGCUGUCGUUGAGUGGUGUAUCUCGUAGCUGGCGCAGAUCGCAGUGA